CCGGCAGGGCGCGGGGCGCGGCGAUGGCCACCACGGGGGCCCUGGGCAACUACUAUGUGGACUCCUUCCUGCUGGGCGCCGACGCCUCCUCGGACGAGCUGGGCGCGGGACGCUACGCUCCGGGGGCCCUGGGUCAGCCCGCCCGGCAGGCGGCGGCACUGGCCGAGCACCCCGACUUCAGCCCCUGCAGCUUCCAGUCCAAGGCGGCGGUGUUCGGCGCCUCGUGGAACCCGGUGCACGCGGCGGGCGCCAACGCGGUGCCCGCGGUCUAUCACCACCACCACCACCACCACCCCUAUGUGCACCCCCAGGCGCCCGUGGCGGCGGCGGCGCCGGAUGGCAGGUACAUGCGCUCCUGGCUGGAGCCCACGCCUGGUGCGCUCUCCUUCGCGGGCUUGCCCUCCAGCCGGCCUUACGGCAUUAAACCUGAACCGCUGGCGGCCAGAAGGGGUGACUGCCCCACGCUUGACACUCACACUUUGUCCCUGACUGACUAUGCUUGUGGUUCUCCUCCAGUUGAUAGAGAAAAACAGCCCAGCGAAGGCGCCUUCUCCGAAAGCAAUGCUGAGAAUGAGAGCAGCGGAGACAAGCCCCCCAUCGAUCCCAGCAACCCGGCUGCCAACUGGCUCCACGCUCGCUCCACGCGGAAGAAGCGCUGCCCCUACACGAAACACCAGACGCUGGAGCUGGAGAAGGAGUUUCUGUUCAACAUGUACCUCACCCGGGACCGCCGGUACGAGGUGGCCCGACUGCUCAACUUGACGGAAAGGCAGGUCAAGAUCUGGUUCCAGAACCGCAGGAUGAAAAUGAAGAAAAUCAACAAGGACCGCGCCAAGGACGAGUGAUGCCACUGGAGUUCGUUCGGAAAACAGAUGGAGCGAGAGGGCAAGAGAGAGGCCUGCCUUCCCCCUUCUCCCACCCCCGUCCCACCCGAGCCUCCAGCACCCCGCACAAAGCGGCCCAACUCCAGCCCUCAGCCCUCCCCCUGGCAAACCUUUCUCAGGCUGGCUCCUUGGCCUGCCGCUUUCCUGGAGGAGGUAUCGUAAGCUUUCCGUUUUCUGUUAAGACGAAUAAAUACAUAAAAAGAAGAGGAAGAAGAAGGGGGCAUUAGCGCUGGUGGCUGUGUGUACGCGAGCUUGUAUAUAUUUUAUAAAAUCUACCUGUUCCUGACUUCAAACAAACAAACAAACAAACAAAAAAAAACUACUACCUUUUUAUAAUGCACAACUGUUGGCUGCGGGCUGUAUAGACGUUAGUCUGUGUAGUUAAUUUAAUUUUCUCUUUGUUCGGCAGAGCGAUCUGCCCAGAUACUUGAACACUGUGUUUUAUUGUGGUGAUUAUGUUUUUUUGUGACUCAAACUUCUGUGCUGGGUGAGGAACCCGUUGUGUUUGUGAAAGCUAGAAUUCAAUUUGAACUCAGGUUGUUUAUGAGCGGGAGACAUUGCAUAGAGUAUAGCUCUGUAGUGGAAUGUGUCUUCUGUAUAACUAGGCUGUUAACCUUUGAUUGUAAAUUAGCUGUAAGGAUUUCUCAGUGAAAUAAUUUUUUUUUUCUUUAAAGAAAGGGUUCUCUGGGAUGCAUAGAUUCAUGGUUUUUCUCCACUUUUGAAAUUCAGGCAUUUUAGUUUUACAUGCUCUGUAGACGUGUCUGGUCCAUUGUUUAUAAUCCACAUAUGAAAGAAAAAGCACUCAGACCAGCUUGAAUAUUGUGUUUGCACCAGACAAGCAGGGAGGAAAUUCGGAGCUAUACGUAUGCGCAGAAGGUUACUACCUAUGGUUUAUGUUUAAUUUUAACUGGGGGGAAAUGAUACUGUAAUGGAGCUAAUUUUAUUGAUAAUAAAUUAUGCAUUGUGAAACUGC